AUGGACAACUCGACAACUGGCAACAAGCCUGCGGCAAGAAAGACUGCAGCAUCGACAACUACAGCAUCGGCAACUGCAACAUCGGCAACUGCGACAUCAACAUCCGGAACACGAACUGGGACACGGACAACCGGUACGGGAACAACCGGAACGGCAGCAAAUACAAAUGCCGCAAAACCUACCCCCCGUAUUAUCAACGUAGGGCCACCUGGCGCUCAAAUUACCGCAGCGGAACCUCGUCCUACCCCCACUCCGUCGCCGCCGGCGGGCAUGAGUUCCGCGACCCUCGAGAACAUUGUCGGCCGACUCGCCACGGCUCUUGGUGACAAGUCCUACGCCAUAAUCGGCACCGCCGCUAAUUCCUUACUCGGCAUUGGCCCCGUUGGAAGUUCCGUGGAUGUCCUCGUUCCUACUGGCACUCCCUCGAGAAGGGCUGAGAAGCUAUGUACGAGCCGCACCACCACCCGCUUCAAGUUUGUUACGAACAAAGGCGUCUUCUACACGAGAGGAGACGGCGGUAAAGAAAUCCCUAUCACAUUCUGGGAACCAAAGGAGGUCAACCAGCAGUGUCCCGAGACCAUGACCGAUAUUGUCAUGGUCGGGAAUGUGCGCGUCUUGAAGCCAACGCUGCUCCUCAACAUUCACUGUCACAACUGGCUAAAGUCCCAAUCGGGGCCGGGGAAAAGUUCCGGGAAUGCGGCCGCUCAUAGCAUCGACCUCCUGCUGAGACACAUUGCUAAAGAGACGAAAAAGGAAGUUUCCAAUGCUACGGGGGAGUUUCUUGUCAAGUUUGCUGCCGCUAAGCCUGAAGCCCACGCAGGCUUUCGGGAUCUUGGGAUCUUGGGCCCACAUUAG